CCACUGGGGAGAGAGGGCACAUCGCGGACUCUCGGAGCUCUUGAGACGGGCCGCUGGGUGCACAAUGAACUCUUAAGCAAGGUUUCCCGGGCCCGCCGCCUGGCCACGCCCCUCCGCGGCCUCCGUAACACGUAGCUGCGCGCGUGGUCCCGCGCCUUCUGUGACGCAGGCGCCGUGGGCUUUUUGAGCGGGGAAAAGAAAGUCGGGCAACGCUGGAGCCGCUGCAGCAGUGAGCGGCUGUGUUCGGGAGGUCGUUCCCCGCAACAUGGGGCUGCUGGAGCUGUGCGCGCAGGAGUUCGGCACCGCCGACCUUUACCGGGUGCUGGGCGUGCGGCGCGAGGCCUCGGACGGCGAAAUCCGACGCGGCUACCGCAAGGCGUCCCUGCAGGUGCACCCCGACCGAGUGGACGCGGGCGGCAAGGAGGACGCCACCCGCCGCUUCCAGAUCCUGGGGAGAGUGUACGCCGUGCUGAGUGACAAGGAGCAGAGAGCGGUGUACGAUGAGCAGGGAACCGUGGACGAAGACUCCGCCGCGCUCAGCCAGGAGCGGGACUGGGGGGCGUACUGGAGGUUGCUCUUCAAGAAGAUAUCUCUAGAAGACAUCCAAGCUUUCGAAAAGACGUACAAAGGUUCUGAGGAAGAGCUGGCUGAUAUUAAACAGGCCUAUCUGGAUUUCAAGGGUGACAUGAAUCAGAUCAUGGAGUCUGUGCUGUGUGCGGAGUAUGCAGAGGAGCCCAGGAUAAGGAGCAUCAUCCAGCAAGCUGUUGAUGCUGGAGAGGUCCCAUCCUACAGUGCCUUUGUCAAAGAGUCAAAACAAAAAAUGAAUGCGAGGAAGAGAAGGGCGCAGGCAGAGGCUAAAGAAGCAGAAAUGAGCAGGAAGGAGUUGGGCCUUGAUGACGGGGCGGAUAACUUGAAAGCACUCAUUCAGAGCAGACAGAAGGAUCGCCAAAAGGAAAUGGACAGUUUUCUGGCUCAAAUGGAAGCAAAAUACUGCAAACCUUCCAAAGGAGGAGGGAGAAAAGCAGCCCUCAAGAAAGAAAAGAAAUAAUGGAAUUUUUCUCAUCAGAGGUCCUAUGGUAUCAGUUGGUGCUGUUGUAGACAAGGGGCACUCAAGAUUUGAAGGCAAAGUUAACCUAACCCUUAAGAGUUGUCUUUCCAGCCAAAAUUAUUUAGAUUGAUUAAACCAAGCAGAAUUUCUCAACCUGAUGUGAGAUUUCCUAGGAAUCACCUGACAUCUUCGAAAGCCCGCACAUGAGGACUGGGUCCUGUUUGCCUCCAUGGGUCUUCUGUCCUGGGAACUCUUCAGAAGGUGGGUCUGUCCAUCCUGCUUUCAGUGAUGUGAGUGCCCACUAGAACAGUUCUCCACCUGGCUAGAACGUUCAGAAUACUUGCUGAAAGUAGCUGUCUUCCAGAUAAUUGCCAGCUUGCUUUUGGUUCUAACAAUUUUAAAUAAACUCUCUGUCCUUUUUAUUAGUCAGAUUUUGUACUGUUAUCCUUAAAGUAUAGAAGAAACAGGUAUUCAGAUUCAAACAUUUUUGUAAAGACUUGUGUGUGAUUAAAUAAACAAGUAAAAGUUC